UUCUGCGCAUGUGUUGUGAGUGGUGGACGCGAGGUGGGAAAAUUCAUUCUAUCGUGUCUCCGCGAACCUGCAGCGUAAACAUGAUUUUCAGAAAAAGUUUGUAACUCCUCGGAGUAUACAGCAUACAAACACACUCUUCGGUUAUUCAUUCUUAUCCGUCACCAAGAGGUUAUAAGUGAGCAGGCUUCAGCAUCUUUGUGUGUGGAGGCUGACAGCCCCUCGAUGAGCACAGACUAGCCUACAAACCAAGACUGUGAUUUUCUCUGGGACUGUGCAGCUCACUUGUUGUGCAGCAUGAAGAUUGCAGUCGAAGGGUGUUGUCAUGGGGAGCUGGACAAGAUCUACGAGACAAUCGCUUAUCUGGAGAAGAGGGAAGGGGUAAAAGUGGACCUGCUGCUUUGCUGUGGAGACUUCCAAGCAGUGCGAAAUGAAGGAGACAUGAAGUGCAUGGCAAUACCAGCCAAGUACAGAAUGAUGCAGACUUUUUACAAAUACUAUUCUGGAGAAAAGAAGGCUCCAGUCCUGACUAUUUUCAUUGGAGGGAACCAUGAGGCUUCCAACCACCUGCAGGAGCUGCCUUAUGGUGGCUGGGUGGCACCCAACAUUUAUUAUCUGGGUUAUGCUGGUGUUAUUCGCUACAGAGGGAUAAGAAUUGGCGGCGUAUCUGGAAUCUUCAAAUCACGUGACUACAGAAGGGGUCACCACGAAUACCCUCCAUACAAUCCUGAUACCCUUCGAAGUGUGUACCACAUCCGAAAUAUUGAGGUAUUCAAAUUAAAACAGAUCCGUAUGCCCAUGGACAUUUUCAUGAGCCAUGACUGGCCUCGUGGAAUCUACCACUAUGGAAGUACAGGGGAACUGUUACGAAAGAAGAAAUUUCUGCGUCAGGAAGUAGAGUCCAACAGUCUGGGAAGUCCUGCUGCUGAGGAGCUCCUAGCUCACCUCCAGCCCAGCUACUGGUUCUCUGCACAUCUUCAUGUGAAAUUUGCUGCUGUUAUGCAGCAUCCGGCCAAAGGUAAUGCUGCCCCACGUGUUACCAAGUUCCUGUCGCUGGAUAAAUGUCUGCCUUAUAGGGAAUUCCUACAGAUUGUGGAUGUUCCAGAGAGACCUGGUUCAUCUGGGGGUCUUGAGUAUGAUCCAGAGUGGCUCGCGAUCCUGAAGGCCACUAACAGUCUACAAAGAAUCACUCCACACCCCUGGAACCCCCCCGACAAUAAUGGCCUGCAUGAACGGUGGGACUUUAGCGCGUCAGAAGCAGAUAUGAUGCAGGUGGUGGAGGAUUUGAGCGGUGAACUGGCCAUCCCAGACAACUUUUGCCAGACUGUGACACCCUAUGAGCCCAACAAGCCCCAGCACCAUGCUACCCCCAGUUGUAGCACCAACCCUCAGACGACAGAGCUCUGUGCCACGUUAGGUCUCACAGACAUCUACGCCCUGGCUGGGCAGGGAGGUGAUGGGUUUGGGAGGGCUCAGGGCAAUACUGGAGGGGAGGAGGAUGAUGAAGAUGGAAAUAGUUUAGGAAGUGUGGAUGAGCCCAGUGAGUACCCAAGUGACACUUCAGGAUUGUCAAAUUCAUUUAAUCCGGAUGAGAUCAUGAUUGAGGAUGAGUGGGAGGAAGAGGGAGAGAAAGGAAAGGAUGAUGUCGAGGACACGAAUGCAGCAGUAAAGGGACAUGUAGGUGAAAUUCACACCCCUAGUCAUAUGGUCCUGCCUGAUCCCAAAUCUGAUACCUCACAUACUAAUCUGUCCCACAUAUUGAACCUGCUACCUCCCUCCAACUCUCCAGCAGCAGCCUGCUGUCAGUCUGUAGCAGAAGGGGAAGGGCAUUCGGAGGCUGAUGAUGAUGAUGCCACAGCUGUACGCAUCCUAAAACGUACCAGUGAUGAGACGGGGGAUGCUGGCAGCAGAACCUCAACUCCCAGAAUCAAACGGAGGAACCAGGUCAUCUAUACAACAGUAGAGGAUGAGGAGAGUGAGGAUUAGAGGUCAGGGAGAGAUCAGGUGAAAGUGGAGCACUCUGUAUUAUUGUCAUGAAGUGUACAGUGCUCCAUUAGUUUAAAUCUAUAUGUACAACCUAAUUUACUUAUCAACUGUCUGUCUGAGAUAUGGCAUUAUUAAAAGGCCUUAAAAGCAGACUGCACACAACAAAAUAGUUACGUUUCUGCAUUCCGUUUCUACAGCAAGGCAGUUAUAGCCAUGGAAAUGUUGUCUCUUUAUUAAAGGAUACGUUCACCCAAAAGGAAACAUUAACUCAUUAUCUGUUCCCCUCCAUGAAGAUGAAAAGCUGGGAGAAGUUUUGUAGUCCACAAAAUAUUUCUGGAGGUUAACAACAUGACAUCAGCAUUCUCUUAAACAACUGAAGUAGUGGGGGACUUGUAAAAAAACAAAGAAUAUAAAAUGACUCCAAACAGCUUUUCCAAUGUAUUCAAAGUCUCCAGGAUCCCUGAGAUCCAAAAUAGAUCUCCACUGUAACUGCUAAGCUGAAUACAUCAGCCCAUCAACUCGACUGUGAGUAAAGGGGAUAAAUAAUGUUGUUGUAAAUUAAUGUUAAUUAUGUUUUCAAUUAAGUGUCCACAGUUUCAGUUGUUUGGGAUAAUUCUAUGAUGAUGCUGUUUUGCUUUAAAGCUCCAGAAAUGUCUUUUGGACUACAAAAUUUCAUCUGACGUUCCAUCAUUAUCAGGGCAAGUACAAUGACUGAAUGUUCAAUUUUGGGUGAACUUCCCCUUUUUAAAAUAUGUUUUUAUUUUAAUCAAACCAAACACUUUUAGAAACCGAUCUUUGCUUUUUGUGUUUUUAUACUUUACAUAAUUUCAAGAGAAGAGGCUGGAAAAUGAAAAUAUCCUUUUUUUAGAACUGACUUAAUGAUGCACCAUUGUAAAAGUCAAAAGGAAAUAAAAAUGUGACUGUUGGUGA